AUGAAUGAACACGACUCGGAUUCCCACCCGUCAACAAACGGGUCAGACAGCGAUGACUCCCUUGAUGGUUCCCCCACCGAGUCAGUCCACAGCUAUAUUCGCUCUCGUCCGCAGAGAGAUGCCAGGGUGACCUUUGCGCCGCCGGACUUGUCUCCGGCAUCAUCGGCGACUACAUCGGAAGUGUUCGUUCGUCUUCGACCAAGAAGCCACCGUUAUUAUAGAUCCCAGUCAAGGUACCCGGCCUUUGGGCCUAAUAGGACACCUGUCGGUGCAGAUUGGGACUUUACAGCACCGCCUCGAUUGAGUGUAGAAUCCGCUUCGAGCCGCCGUCACGCUCCAAGUGGACCUUACUCCGGCCCUGACUACCUUGAUCGAUAUCCGGAUGAGCACGAUACAUCGCCGCCCCGGUUCAAUUCCAACGGCCCUAAGGAUUACUCUUCAAGGGGCCGCGAUAUAUACGAAGACAUUUACCCGGAUGACUUCGAUACGGCUGCAUCUGACUUCUCAGAAGAAUCAUUUCUUCGUCGCUCAUCUCGUCGACGGGAAUACUCAAGAGGACCGGAUAUCUCCACGUUCGCGACUUCGAAUGCUAGCCGAAGGCCACAAUACCUUCUGAGAAACUACGAUGACUUCAGCGAUGACUCUGAUGACGAGCGCAUCAAAGUCCACCAUGUGAUCAAUGUCCGUUCUUCUCGCUUCGUUGGCAACCGCAGAAAUAAAGAAAGGAAGUGGCUCGGAGGCGGGGUGUUCACUCAUCAAUACUCAUUCAAUCAAGAUGAAAAAACCUUCCUAGAGACUUAUCGUAUUGUCCAGUCACGACUGGUCCCUCGCUCUGAGGAUGAAUUGCAUGAUCGAGCAAUUCUGACGUACGAGGAGGAAGCUGAAUCGUCCAAGACAGAAAUUCGAUGGGUUCACAUCCAAAGCAAUUACAUGAAUCUCGAGCUGUUUGAGAUGGAAGCUCUGCGUCAGCAAAACAUUCCGGAAGCGACCAGCACUCUUAUCCGCUCAGCAUUCAGAUACCUCCGGCAACGAAAUGAGAAAUCAUACGUGCACGGGAGGUUUCUCGAUCCGACUGCGGUUAGCUUCGUUGCCAGGGAUGAUGAUGACGAGCUACUGCUACUACAAGAAUUGGCGUCGAUUGCAUUUUUAGCUUUUCCGUAUUUCACUCUCGAGCCACUACGUGUCCAGGACCCCUCUUCCGUGGAACCGAUACACCCGGUCAGAAGUCUUCUUCAAUUUCAUUAUUCAUUCCAGUCGACCGGGCAGCGGGAUACAGAUCAAGUUGUUUGCAAAGUUCGAGAGGUGCGGGAUGUGCUUCAUGUGCCCCAGACAUGGAUACUUCUGGUCAAUGAAGAUUUGGUCCUGAGCAUGAGUCCCAACGAGCUCGGUCAUAUUGGAUGGGAGUAUGUUUCACUGGAAAAGGCAAAAGCGGGUGGUACAAUGUCCCAGAUCCGAUUGAUCGAUUUCGAAGGGAAACAGUAUUUUCUACCGAAACGUAGCUGCCAAACAUGGUUGGAAUUCAUCAGCAUGAUAAGCACGGUGGAGGAAGGCAACCAAAUUCUCAUCUCCUUCAUGGAUGAUUCUUGGAGCGACAAGUACGAGCUACGGCUUGACAAUGAGCUGAUCUCAAAAGAGACCUGGUCGGACGCUGUGCUCCAGGAUGGAAAUGAUACCACGAUUUACAUUGUGGAGAAACUUCUGCGGCCUUUGGCCCAUGACGGAGACCACACUAUGCUCGAUCAGCAAACCAUGGUCUUUUCUUCAACUAUUAACACAGCUUCCACAGACCACAUGCUGAGAAGAAGAUCAUCUGUGUACUCUUCCUCCAAUAAAACACGCGACGACGUUCUCAUUCGACAUCCGACAUCUAUCAACAAUCGACACAGAGACGACGGCGACUCAAUACACCAAUACUGCACCGAUCCCGUAAAAAGACAUGCUUGGCAAAGCGACAAGAAACCAAUUCGUUUGAAGGAUGUGAAUGGUUUCGAACUGAGUAUUCCCUGGCGCGUUGGCGGGACCUGGCGGAAAAUGCAAUCCGUAAUUGGUACAAAAAUGCACCAGAGCUAUGAGUCUCAGCAUGCCUAUACUAACGGGAACUACAUCUUGAAUGGUCCUGAUGGACCAAUCACGCCCGCAGACUGGGAUGAAAAAAUCCGUCCUGGCUGCACAGUUGAGCUCAAAAUUACGGGACCUGAGACCACAGCAUUAAGCCCGAGGCCUCGCUCUCGCCAUAGGAACUCAAGCCCGGUCCCCCGUGACGAGAACUCCGUGAGUACUGCAGACCAGCCAUUUUCAUUCACGCCAAUGCCUCUGGAAAGAAUCGACACAUCCCGUCAGAUAGAGUACCCUACUUCUUCAGAUUGCGCCUUGUCCCGGGAUGAAGACUCUAAGACCCCUCGCGAGUCCAACGAAUCUGUUAGCGUUCAUGAUACUGAGAACGUUGAGGGUGGGCCUAAUUUGACUAUGAGAAUGCAGCCUGAGCCCGCGUCGCAGAUGCCUCUAGUUCUUUGGAGGAAUUAUCCUCUCAAUUCGGAUAUGAGAAUUCAUACAGCAAAUGGCGAACAACUUGGCGGAGUCCCGAGGCUAUCCCGAAGAUCCACUGGCACUCAGAGCUUCGUUGAAGAUUUCGAUGAGGAUACUGUUGAGGAAAGUAUUCCAACCGAAAAAGACUCCACUGUAGACUCUGCGGAUCCUUUGCCCCCUGUGGGAAGAACCUGUGGUGAUUUUCGGAACUCGUCUUCAACGACGAGCUCGGGUGAUUGCUCGUCGGGCUCAACCAAGUCUAUCAAGCGAGACUCAUCAUCGGGACUAGCAAGUCCAGAGGAGCCGGCAGCUGACGCACAGCCGGAUACUGAUAAAGAAACAACACCAAUGUGUCCGAUCUUUGCCUGGAAGGUUGCAGCCAGCGAUGAUCUACCACCUACCCUGAUGGAGACAAGUGAGUUAAAAUUUGGGUAUAAAGAUGCGGAUGGGACUAUUCGCGCGAUAUUGGAAGAACGAGAGGCAGAGGCAACAUUGUAUCUGCUCAAACACGAGCGAGAAAAGGACUUUUUUGACUCACUUCCAGAGUGUUCAAGGAGAGAAGUCAUUGCAGAAAUGAAAGUUGUUGGCACUUCUCUGGACCGGUCUUCGGCAAUUGAAAGGUCUGCCAGGAAAAAGUCCACGCGGAAAAAGCUAACGGUGAUCACCAACGCGAUUGAGAUUCUGGACGCGUUCGUGCCUGAGCAGUAUCAAAACCUCCUUCAAUAUUGGUUGAUCAAGAAAUUCUACGGCGCAUUGCUAGGCAUGAUUUCCAACUACUACAACGAUGCCUACCUCGACAAAAUUGGCGCUCAUACAUUCUCUUUUCUUAAAUCCAUCAGGCAAAUUCACGCUCGGGCCUCACGCGCUGGUGAUGAGCAAUCCCAGAUUUUCUACCUUCCCAAGGCCUUGUCAGGUGUCAGACGAGUUCUCACAAGAAUGGAGUCUUCUCCAGCGCCGCGCGAAAAAAUCCUCAAAUCUCUUCAAACAGCCGAAUUCCAGCUCAUUUCCAUGAUCCAUGCUGGCGACUUCAGCGAAGCGAAAGUCUUUCGACCUGUUAACGCCCAGGGCAUCGUGACCAUGGUAACGGAGCGCCUGGUGCGAAUACCGAAUGAGAAUCCGAACGGGAUAUCCUCGUCAGAUGGGUUCAAUCUCCUGCAAAUCUAUCGACAGUAUAUCUUGGGCUUGGAACUACAAGCUCGCACAUCUCCGAACGCUGAAAUAUUUGACGAAAUACAACGACUCCGAGAAGAGCUGGAUAUUGUCCACACCGUACUGGACCAGCAGCUGGAGGUUCUUCACAGGCUUCGUACGGUGUGGACCAGUCUCAGACAUUCCAAUCACCAAAACACUCUGCAAAGCAUCCGCCAAAGCCGCAGGCUGAUCAAACAAAUGAAACGUGAUUUGGAUGAGCUUGAGGUUAUGGCCGACAAGACGUCCAUGCUGCUGCGGUCCAUGAUCGAAGUACGCAAAGAGUCGAAUAGCAAAGCAAUCACCAUAUUCACGAUUGUGACGGUCAUCUUUCUCCCUCUGUCGUUUGUGACCUCCUACCUCGGCAUGAAUAGCGUUGACAUCCGAGAUGGCACCUUCAACCAGAGCUUGUUCUGGAUUGCAGAGCCUGAGAAGAUGGUGGCCCCGUCGAAGGCUGCGGGGAUCUCUGCGGAUGAUUGCAUUUUGGUUCUACAGAGCCGUGACCACGGUGACCAGUGGUUCCGCACCGAGUCGGACAACAAGGGAAACUACUAUAAUGUAAAUAAAGCCAUUGCUCAUGUGAUGAUUCUCGGGAGACACUAUGCUUGUAGUUACCGGAAAACCAGAACAGUGCCAUAUCUGUAA